AUGACGUUACUGGAGGAUUUGAUCCGGGCGAUAGAGCUCUGGCUUCGGAUUGCAAAGGAGCAGGUGCCCUUGGUUGAUCCCACCCUUGACCCAGUGUUACUUGUUCCUGGUAUUGCUGGUUCCAUCCUUGAAGCUGUCGAUGAGGAAGGAAACAAGGAGAGAGUUUGGGUGCGCAUCCUUGCUGCUGAGCAUGAGUUCAGAGAGAAGCUCUGGUCCAAAUUUGAUGCCUCCACUGGUAAAACUGUUUCUGUUAACGAGAAAACAAGAAUCACUGUCCCUGAGGACAGAUAUGGUUUGUACGCCAUUGACACAUUAGACCCAGACUUGGCCACCGUGGUCGUUCACCCGGAGAAAGAAGGGCGGCAGCAUGUGGAAGUUAGGGCUGUGGGUGUCAGCCAUGGUGGCUAA